AUGGCCAAGCCAAAGACAGAAGAAACGGCGAAAGCGACCAGAAAACCGGCAAAGAUCCAGAGCUCUACGAAGGUGGCGUUAUGUGUUCCGUCUUCUGUGAUUUCAAAGUCGAAUGCUCGCAAUUUAGAACAAAUUACCAACAUCGCAUACCAAAUUGCAAAAGCGGCCAGUGUCUAUAACGUGUCCGAAAUUGUUGUGUUGGACAUUCCGACUGCAGACGAGAUCCAAAAGAAACUAGAAGCCGAGGCCAACAAAGCCGUGCAGCUCGAAGGUGAUAAAGGAAAUAAGAAAAUCAAGUUCAACAUUUCAAACGAAGAGAUUGUCGCUGAAGCCAAAAGCGAGGAGGGCCCAGCGGCAGAGAAGCUUGUUGAAAAGGAAGAAAAUGAAAAUAAUGCGCUAUUACUUGCCACGCUUUUACAAUUUUUCGUCACGCCGCCGUAUCUUGUGAAGGGAGUCUUCAGAGCCAGCAAGUACAACAAAAAGUUCAAGUACGCAGAGAAGCUUCCAAAGUUGAGCAAUCUCCCGUUCAUGAACAAUAACGGAGUAAUCGAAGACUUCAAAGAAGGCUUGACAGUUCCAAAGCACACGCCCAAAAUUCAAAAGAAAAACAAGAAAGUCAGUGCGUUGAAGAAACUCAAGGUCACAAAGUACGUAAAUGUCGGCCAGUCGUCUCUUUUAGAGCUCAACGGUACAGAAGUUCCUGUGAACGUGAGAGUUACUGUGGACGUUAAAAAUAAGAAGAUUGUUAGUCCACAAGAAGCAUAUGGUGUUACUGGUUCUAAAGCCUCUUUUGGUUAUUUCGUUCGUUACGCCAAGUCAUUCAGUUCCAUUUUCACAGAACUGUCGUUCCCUUCGGGAUAUACCGAAUCCGUAUUUGUGCAAGCAGACGAUUUCUUUGGAAAAGCCAAGGACUCAAAGCUCGAUACAGUCGACAAAGUUGGCAAAGGUGAAGUGCUUUUCGUUGUUAGCAACUUGAAGGAUUUGGAGUAUAGCUUUUCGCAGGAGAAGAUCCCGGGUGUAGAGCAGGUGACAGAGAUGUUCGACAGUCAAGUUAAAGUUCCGCCUGGUCUUCGGAUAGAGGACGCAGCUUUAGUGGCGUUGGCGAAGGCGCUAUAG